GCCAGCUUGACGAGGAAGCACUGACGACGAUAGAGACGCCCGGAAACAGCCAGACCGGUCCGGCCGGGCAGGAUACGGACAUUGAGGGAGAUAGCCAACAGGUCAUGGCUUCUCGCAGGCAGACACGAGUCAGCAUGGUCGGGCCCGUCAAUGUCGCCUCGAUUGCCCACAGCAAAGCCUCCUCAAGGUACGGCGUCGUCACAGACUUCAAGAACCUCAACCUGCAUUCUGCCGCGGCAAGAGGUAACAUCGGUCUCGUCACAUUCGCGCUCACGAACGGACAGCCUGUCAAUAGCUUGCUCAACGGCAUCUUGCCCAUCCACGCAGCCGCUGCUCAUGGCAACCAGGCCGUCGUGCUCAUGCUCAUCGAGCACGGUGCCGACGUCAACGCGAUAAGGUACCGUACAUCCUCGGCUCGUCCACCUUUAGCGGGCUGAAGCGAGACGGACCUGUUCUACAGAUUGUCUCACAAGGAUGUCGGCGAUAAGAAGCAGCGCGCAAAGGAGGCGAUCGGUACGACA